AUGGCUAUGAUUGAUGAGCCUCUGUAUCCAAUUGCUGUACUGAUUGACGAGCUUAAGAAUGAGGACAUUCAGUUGCGUCUAAACUCCAUUAGAAGACUUUCGACAAUUGCACGGGCUCUUGGAGAAGAAAGAACCAGGAAGGAACUGAUUCCCUUUCUCAGUGAAAACAAUGACGAUGAAGAUGAGGUGCUUCUUGCAAUGGCUGAGGAAUUGGGUGUGUUCAUUCCUUAUGUUGGGGGUGUAGAACAUGCUCAUGUUUUGCUUCCACCUUUGGAGACAUUAUGUACAGUGGAGGAAACUUGUGUCCGUGAUAAGGCAGUUGAAUCUCUGUGCCGUAUUGGUGCACAAAUGAAGGAAAGUGACAUUGUCGACUGGUUCAUUCCAGUAGUAAAGAGGCUAGCUGCUGGUGAGUGGUUUACAGCUCGUGUAUCGUCCUGUGGUCUUUUCCACAUAGCCUAUCCAAGUGCGUCGGACCAAUUGAAAACAGAAUUGAGGACUAUCUAUGGUCAGUUAUGUCAGGAUGACAUGCCUAUGGUCAGAAGAGCAGCUGCAUCAAAUCUUGGAAAGUUUGCAGCCACAGUUGAGCAGAAUCAUUUGAAGACAGAAAUAAUGUCAAUAUUUGAUGACUUAACCCAAGAUGAUCAAGAUUCAGUGCGUUUGUUGGCUGUUGAAGGUUGUGCUGCUCUUGGUAAAUUGUUGGAACCACAAGAUUGUGUAGCACACAUUCUUCCAGUCAUUGUCAAUUUCUCCCAGGAUAAAUCAUGGCGUGUUCGUUAUAUGGUCGCCAAUCAAUUAUAUGAGCUAUGUGAGGCUGUUGGCCCUGAGCCUACAAGAGCUGAUUUGGUGCCUGCAUAUGUUCGUCUCCUUCGCGAUAAUGAGGCUGAAGUGCGGAUAGCAGCUGCUGGAAAAGUAACUAAGUUCUGUCGCAUAUUAAAUCCACAGAUUUCAAUCCAACAUAUUCUUCCAUGCGUUAAGGAAUUGUCAUCAGAUUCAUCCCAGCAUGUUCGUUCAGCUUUAGCCUCGGUCAUCAUGGGAAUGGCUCCUGUACUGGGAAAGGAUGCUACCAUUGAACAGCUUCUUCCAAUUUUUCUCUCGUUGCUGAAGGAUGAAUUUCCUGAUGUUCGAUUGAACAUAAUCAGCAAACUUGAUCAAGUUAAUCAGGUCAUUGGAAUUGACUUGCUAUCUCAAUCACUGCUACCAGCCAUCGUAGAACUUGCAGAGGAUAGGCACUGGAGAGUCCGGCUUGCAAUAAUUGAGUACAUCCCAUUGUUGGCGAGUCAGCUAGGUGUUGGGUUUUUUGAUGACAAGCUGGGGGCACUCUGCAUGCAAUGGUUGGAAGAUAAGGUCUUUUCAAUCAGAGAUGCUGCCGCUAACAACUUGAAGCGCCUUGCAGAAGAGUUCGGUCCAGAGUGGGCAAUGCAGCAUAUAAUUCCUCAGGUGCUGGAGAAGAUCAACAAUCCACACUAUUUGUACCGCAUGACGAUUCUGCAGGCUAUCUCCUUGCUAGCUCCUGUCAUGGGUGCAGAAAUCACUAGUCAAAAGCUGCUUCCAGUCGUCAUUAAUUCUUCAAAGGACAGGGUUCCUAACAUCAAGUUCAAUGUUGCAAAAGUACUACAGUCACUUAUACCGAUCCUUGAUCAAUCUGUUGUGGAGAAGACCGUGAAACCAUGCCUUGUUGAGCUCAGCGAGGACCCUGAUGUUGAUGUAAGAUACUAUGCAAAUCAGGCACUGCAGGCGUGCGAUCAAAUGAUGGUGUCAAGCUAA